CAUGCGCUUGUUUUCUUUAUCGCGCGAAUAUAAGUGGCGUGUACAUAUAUCGCAGAGGUAUAUCCGUGUGUACAUGAGAAUAAAGAACGAAAGGAGAAGAUUGCGUCGGGUGUGCUUACGUUCAAUGAGAUUCGUCGAUGUCGAAUGUGGUGGGUGCUGGAUGAUCGAUGGGAAAAGCAAAUGAAACGACAGGGUUUGUGGUUGGUACCGCGAGAUGUCGUGAGUUUAGGAUACUACGAAGCAGAGAAACGCCGCGCGCGGCUCGCAUAGUUCGUCAGAGUAAACACACAAGUACGAUUUUGGACGACAGGCACCUCGUGCGCUACCACUGGCAGAAAGUUGGAGAGGAGGUUGUGUUGAAAGAGGAAAAGAUUGGAAAAUAAUAUCUGUUAAAAGGAAGUGUUUGUAAAGUGGAUGGUGGUAAGAGAUCGGUGAAGGGUGAUGAUAUGUGACGGGGAUAGAGAUCGGCGGUGAGGGCAUUGUCAGUGAAGGUACAUAUUGUCAAGACGUUUAAUGUGCGCGGUGCGGGCGCGUGGUACGCUCGAAGCGGCCACAAAUGAAGAAGUGGGAAGCGACGGUGAGGGUGGUAGAGAGGGAAGAUGUCGAGUGGCUCGGCCUCGAAACUCGUGAACGGUGAGAAUAAGAAGGAGAACGUUCACGGGUACGAGUACGGGAAUAGGAAAGAAAACGAGAGCGGCGCUGCUGGCAGCACUGCCUUUUCCAUAGUUGCUUUAGCUGGUGAUACUAGUAACGCUACUACCACUGCUACUGCGACCACUACUUCUACUACUACUUCUUCUUUUACUACUACUACUACUACUACUAGCGGUAGUGGUAGUGGUGGUAGUGGUUGUUCCACCAGCAGUGAUAACGGUGACAGUGGUAGUAAUAGUGGUGUCUGUGUUACCGGCUUGACCGCCGAGGGCGUCGUCGGCGUGGAGUUUUGUGACGUGAAUUCCGAUCUGAAGAUACCGGAGAAUCAGGGAGCGAUACGUAACGAAAAAGAUGUGAACACGAGAACGAAAUACAGUGAAAUCGAAUUUGAAGAGACGCACACCGGAAGGUGUAUAGAGACGCCAAUCGUCAAUCUCACCACCACUACCACUACCACCACCACUACCACCACCAUCACCAUCAUUGAGCACGACGAUCGAGCGACUACGGCCGUUUCUGCUCCUUGUUACGAAGAAGACGAGGAAGAAGAUAACGAGGAGGACGACGACAACAUGGUCGCGGCGAUGAACGAACACUUGUCUACCACGUCGGCGACCAGCGGCGUUCGAAGUAACACGGUCUCGACUACCAGCACCACUGUUAAUUCUGUCGUUAACCAGAACAAUAGUUGCUCCCGUACUGAAUUCGAAAACGUCGACGAGGAUGGUAAACCAGCCGCUGGAAUACUCAGUUUUCCCUGUGAUUUCGAUCACAUGUACGCCAGCAUGACAGAUAGCGGAGCUCCGGCAGUAGCCACUGCCACCUCCACUCUUGGUGUCAGUCCUCUUCGAGGUAACGAACCACGUCAGAACGAUCUCACAGAAGUCAAACAUCUUAAGGAACUCUUGCUUCUUCAUCUUGAUUUGAUUCAACAACAGUCUGAACAAAUCGUGACGAAGGAUAAGCUCUUAGCAGCUCUACGACAGGAAAAUGAAACGCUUAAGCUGCGGUUGGAGCGUAUGGACAGGCGUGUAAAUUUGCAAAAGCUCAGAUCAGAAAACAAUGAAAAUUCCAUUGCAUCAGAGCACAUAGGAGCUUGCUCGUCUCCAACUAUUAAUUCUGUGAACGUGCCAUCGACUAGUGAACUUCACAGGAAUAUUCAAUCUGAGAAUAGUAAUUCUCAAUACAAUGAAAGCUUUAAGAUACGUUUAAAUACCAGUGGUGGCAUUACCACUGUCAAACAGGAACCAAAUGAUAAUCAAAGUAAGCACGAGACAAAAAUAGAAGCUGGUAAUGAUAUUAGAUUAGAGUGGGAAGAGAAGAAGAAAAGAAGAACAGACUCGACGUCACUAUCCAGUGGAAGCAAAAGGAAAAGGGGUGUUUCAUGUUCGUCUACGAUUAGCAACGACACAUCCUCUACGGUACAAGAUAAGCCAUUAACUCAAGAAAAUAACAGGAAAGGUGAUAGGAAAGGGAAGCCAUUAACAAAAAAGGAAUCCUUCCUUACUACAGAGGAACAUUAUUAUACAGCUGUUGGAGAUCCCAAUUAUACAUUAAAUUUAAAAGAACCUAAUUUAGUAGAAAGUAAUACCUCGUUAGAAGUUCCAAAUUGGAGGGUAAAGAUAUAUACAAGCUGUUAUACGAUGGAGGGAACUGAAAAUUUGGAUGAUGAAAUUUUUAACAAAAGACAUUUAAAGUUAGAAAAUGAUGAAAGGAGGAGAAAAAGAUGGGAUGUACAAAGGAUAAGAGAACAGAGACAUAUUGAAAAAUUAAAACAAAGACAAGAAAGGCAGAACCAUCAAGCAACGUGUUACAAUACGAAUCAUACCGGGCCUUGCCCGUCUGCUGUCGAAGAAGAAGCUGUAUCGUCGUUGUGGCCUGAUAUAGAACAAAUACAAAGUCUUCAAGUGGAUCCCCAGUUACCUGUUACUGCAUUUGGUACUCCUAUUCCUAGUUUCACCCCAAGUGAAUUUUCUUUACCUUGGUCAAAUAUGUCACGAUCGAACAGUCGUCGUCCAAAACGAUCAACAGGUAGAAGAAAAUCUACCAGAAGAUAAACGUUUUACGACAGUGGACAGGAUUAUUUUUGUCUUAUCAUUUUUAAUCUUUGUUAUAGAUAUGCUCCCUCAUAUACAUUUGUUUUUUUUUUCUUUCUUUUUUCUAAAAUCAUAUCUUUUUUAUUACAUGAAAUAGGAGCACCAAAGAUAUUUUUAUUACCUUUUUUUAAAACAAAAUUCAGGAAAGAUGACUAUACUUGACAGGAGUACCUAUAAUACAAUGCUUUUUAUUUCUUACUUACUCAUUCGUGUUUAUUAAAGCUUGAUCAAAAGAUAUUGAUCUUAUAGUUUGUUCAAAUCUAUAAGAAUCAUUUUAUUUGUACGACUGUAAUUUGAUAUUGUCGCAAUUUUGUAGAAAUAUUAUUCAUUUAUUCAAUUUUAAUUAAUAUUUAUUAAAUAUACUUAUAAAAUCUUAUUUGGAAUUGUACAGACUGCAAUGGACAUAAAUAAUCAGAUUAAGUGUAUUUUCUUGCAAUUAACCGGAUAAAAUGUAAAUUUAAUUAAACAUGCAGAGCACAAAUGCAUUGAAGAUAUGCAUACUCAGUGAUAAACUAUUACAAAAUUAAUAUUAUAUACAAAUAAUGCAAUUUAUUUGAAAUUCUUCGUAGCCCUUUUCUUUAAUUUUGGCUGUAAAACUAAUUGGUGUCAACAAAAAAUAUGUUCCAUGAUUAAUAUCAAAGAUUCAGUAAAAUUACAAAUUAUUCAUGUAAUUUUUUUUUUUUUAUGAAUAAUGCAAAAGAAAAGUGGGUACGACGUCCACUUGAAAAUAUUAAAAUGAAAUAAACUUCUUUAAUAAAUUUCUUUUCAGUUUUAACAUUAAUUACUAAAGAUAUAUCUUUGUUCCGCCUUCUUCUUUUCUAUUUUUUUCUAUCUCAUUGUUAAUUUCUUUCUAAAUUUUACCCUAGCGUUUAAUUACAAUUGUCGAAAAUUCUUUCAGUAAAACGCACUAAUUUAUUAUGCAUGUACUUUAAUUGCAUUAUUCUAUUUUAUCAUACAUGACAAGUAAUGGGGUACUCAAUUCAACCGUCCAUAAGAGAUGGUCAGCAUUUCGUAAAUUGAAAUGCUCGACGUUAAAAUACGGUGAACAUAGCGAUUAUAACUUGUAAAUAAAAAGAAACAUCUUUCCAAUUAUACAUAAGUUUUUGUUUACUAUUUUAUUUAUAGUAGUGCGCACUACUGAUGACUAGACAUCAAACGAUUAUAUUUUGUUUACAAUAAACAGAAUAAGAAAGAGUAGCGUCUUUUAGGUAUGUUAAGACAUAGCAUAGAAUUAUUUACGUUGUUCUCGUUAAUUCGAUUUUACGCAUUGAAAGCUCUUUCAAGCAUACCAAAGACGUAAAAUAAUGUCAUAUACUUUUCCGUUUUAAAACUAAUAAUUUCAUAAAACAUACGUGUGUGUGUAUCACACUUUGAUACACAAAAUCUCAUAACAUUUAUAAAUAUUAUGAUUACUAUUUGCAACAACAUAAAUUUUUGUGCUAUUCACAUUAUUUGAAUUGUUCAAAAUAUAAUUUUGAAAACAUAAAUGAAUGUUAGGCAUGAAGUACCUCUUGUUAAGUUUUAACGAUUACAUAAAUUGUUUCGGAAUUUCGUGAUAUUGUUGUGACUUUCGAAUUAACGAGAUUGUGACAGCCUACGUAAUUGUCAUGUGUAUAGCAUGUAUAUACGUUUACUUUAUUUUUUGUGUGCGCGCGCGUGUGCGUGCGUGCAUACGUGCACGCAUAUGUCUGAUAUACCGUAUGCGUGCAACUAUAAAGAAAUGUAUAUGAUUUUAACUGGAUCGAUGUAUAUAUAGGGUGGCUCAUUUAUUUUGAUCAUGCAAAACAUUUCCGUCAUUUUUAAUGACAAAGAGAACUAUAAAAAAAAAAAGGUUGUUUAGUUCAGCGUAACAAUUUUUUAAGAUCGCAGUUUUCAAUGCUUGUCUUUUUAAUGAAUUAAAGACAUAUUAUAGAGAAUAGUUUUCAAUGAUAAAAGAAUCGUUAUGAGUUAAUUUAUAUCUUUUAUCACUUUAUUACUUUCUAUGCAUAACAAGCACAACUUGAAAAACAACUAAAGUUUUAUAAACUGUGGUCUUAAAAGCUUUACUGCGAUGAUAAAAAUUUCUUCUUUGAACUAGACAACUUUUUUCAUUUUUUAUUUUUGUAUAAUAUUAAGGUAUUAAAAUAAAUGAAUCAUAUAUAUAAGGGAAUGAAUGACUGUAUGCGUGUUUUACAAAAUAUAUUUAUUAUAUUGUGUACUAUAUAUAAAUAUUAUAUAUUAUAGUACACAUAUUAUUGCUCUACAUACAGGUCGUUCCAUAAGUAGUGGAUCACUGCUUAAGAUUAUACAUAAUAGUAUUAGCAAUAUAAUUUCAGUCGAAUAUUUCGGCUAUCAUAGAGGUACAAGAGCAUUUACAUUCUAAACGUAUUUCGUAUGUUAGUAUGCGAAUCCGUUUGUUUCUAAACAAAAUGAAAAGAUAUUAAAAUAAAUAAUGUAUAAAAUAAUAAGAAUAAGGAGAGAGAGAGAGAGAGAGAGAGGUAAAGAGGAGAAAAAGGUACGGUCCAUUAGCAACUUAUGAAAUGACCUGUAUAUAAUAGAAAUUAUAAUUUAGAAAUAAGAAAUGUCAAAUAAAUAAAAUUAUUUCUUACAAAAACA